AUGCAACACCUGCGCCUUACCAUGGACGUUCGGAAGUGGCUUGCUGAGACGGAAGACCCAACCCUCUUGGAGCGGCCGGUCGUCGAACCUUUCCUCCUACCGAGGCUGUCCGAGGCUGUCCCCGUCACGAGGCGAAGACGGAAACGCAGCUUGACUGACAGUUCAUUGCUGAAGGCUCCCUUGUCCCAGACGCGGGGGAAAGGCAUACCAGCGAUCGAGCGAGACCGUCGUCAUGUACAAGAUGUGGCAGAUAGAGCUUACGGUGAUACGUCUCAUUCCACGCGUAGCGAAUUUGCGAGCAAUAGCACCGCAAGCCAACGCUAUACACGGAAGCCUCGCCACAAGACGCGCCCAAAUCGGUACGAGAUUGGGACGAAGAAGGACAAGGGACCUGAUGACAAUCCCCGUCCCAAUCGAAGGAGUGAGUUAAGAAGGUCGAAGCGCAAAUGUAGGCGCAGCAUAGUCGAGAAUACGCACAGCGGCAUAAGACAGGAAUUCCACGCCAAGAAUGUCUCCCGGGAUCGGUUGACUCUGAAACCUCUGGGAACGACGGGACUCUUCCGCAAGGGCAAAGCCUCUACAGCGGCCAAGGGUUAUGGGUUACCAGAUCUUGUCUUCUCCGAGAUGAGGUUUCUCCGAAACGACCGUGUCGAGAAUGAACACAGCGCGCAAGGCCCAGAUAAUAAGAAGAAACGUAAGAAAGACCAUGCCCAAACGAAAGAAGGAGAUAUCUUCGCGUUCUUCACAUCUGUACGACCGGCACUAGCAGACGUGGCUUCAACCCAGCUGACAAGUGGCGGACGCCCGAGAGUGAAUACCUCUGUCACAAAGAACACUCGUCGUCGUAGAGCGAGAGAACAAUCGACCGUCCUAGACCCUGCCGUUCGCACAAUCAAUCCAGAAGACGGAGCAUCCUACUUGGGGUUUGCCGGCAGAGGAUCGGAUCGUGAGACCUCCCGCCCCUUUUCGUGGUCAGAAUCUUUUUGCGCGCCCAGCACGACGCCAGGCCAUCACAAGCGUACAUCUGCUGUCCAUGGGGAGGGCCUUGAUCCAUUGUACCAGAAAAAGAAAGAGGGACUGCAUAGGCACACAUCACUUUGGCGGCAAGAAAUCUCUACAGGCGUUCAUGAGCCAAUCGAUGCUGCCACGGAAGUAGCCAGGGCGUCUUCGGAAGCUCCAGUACGUUCGAGAUUGUCCAGCUUGCGGUCGUCACUCCAACGUUCCUCUUCGUCCAGGCGGUCGAUUUCUGUCGACCAAGACUUGCACCGUCGUUCGACUGAAGAUGAACCUCCACUCUCGUCAAAGCCGCCAGUGUUACCAUCCACUAGCAACGUUGAUUCUCUGGAGCACCCUGUCACCGGUACUUUGCAAAGUGACGGAUCCAUUGCAACACCUUACGCAGGCGGAAACGCAGUAUUGGCUCCGAAGCAGGUACUCGAAGAUGCUGCAAGAACGCUACUCUAUCGUCCGAGUCCGCAGGGUUCACGAAUACCCCUGAUACAGUUCCUAGCUCCUGACAGCCAGCCACUACAGCCAGCCAACCUUUCCGGUCCUAGCUUUUACGUGCAGCAAGAGCAACGGCAGCAUCUGAUAGUACCGUUUGAGCUUGAAGAAGAAUACUGCGUUCGAGACCCGGACACUGUUGGUCGAGGCUACCAAGGCGAGAGUGAGUCCUCAAUCCAGGAGGAUGUCGAAGGCUUCUCUGAAGGGCCAAUGUCGUACGGAAAGACGGAGGAGAUGGACGAUGACGGAGAUGUUGUUGCAGGAUUGGAUUAUGCAGCAGAUGAGGUCGAACAAGCUCAGAGGCCAGGACACGCAGCAGUUGUGGCAGCAGGCUUCUGGCGGCCUAAUAAACUAUAUUAA